AUGCCGCUCAUGCUCAAGCGCCAGUACGACGCGCUGGCGGCCGCCGCGACCGGCGAUGCUCCGAAGAAAUCCGCGCUCGAACCCGAACGCGCGCCCGUCGUCGAGAUCUCGAACGACGAGCGAGCGACCGACGAAAACGAAAACGCCGUCGUCGUCAUCGACGACGACGACAACGACGCGCCCCGAGACGCGGUCGUGUCGGCGCGGCUGGUGGGCAGCAUGAGACACCGGGCGGCCAGGGCGCGGCUCGCGCACGGCGCGAAACUCCGCCUCCGCCGCGACGACGGCAACGCGCACGAUCCCAACGCCGUCGCCGUCGACGUCCUCUCAUCAUCGGUCGGCGACCCGAUCCACGCGGGCUUCGUCAAGGCGACGCAGGCGGCGGUGCUCGCGCCCGCGUUGGACUCCGGCGCGCUGACCGUCGUGGCGUGCGUCGUGGACGCGCCGCGCGGCGUCGACGCGCUCCCCACGAAGGACGUGCCCGUGCGUUUCACCCUCCGCCGCCGAUCUGCGGACGACGCGUCCGCCGCGUCGGUCCUCGAGCUCCUCGGACUUCCGUACGACGUCCCGAGCUCGGUCGGUGAACUCGUGUCUCCGAAACUCCUCGACGGCAAGUUCGCCGAGCCGAUGUCGCACCGGUGGCUCACGCACUACGAUUUCACCAAGCCUUCCGUCUUCGCCGCGUUGAAUCCCGUGACCGAAGCCUCGCCGGAGAAAGAAUGGGUUUACGUCAACGGCCGCGACGAAAACGUCUCGAGCGAAGACGCCGCGAGCGCACACACAUACAGCGGCAAGUGGAUGAUCAUGGGGGUCAAGUCCGACGUGAUCGACAGAUACUUCGUCGAGUGCGCGAAGGCGGUGGAGGCUGGCGAGGUCGUCGCCGCCAAGGCGCCCGCGGGCGGGGGCGAGGGCGGCGUUGGCGUCUUGAUCUUGUACACGAAAGAUUUCAGGGACAGGGUCGAGGCGGAGAGAGCCGGCGUCGCGUUGAAGCGACGGUUCGGCAGCGGCGUACAUCUGAAGUACAAGACGGACUCCGCGACGUACGCGGGGAUGUACGCGACGGGGGGGGGCAAGGGCGGCGGCAAGACGUGUUGCUACGAGAUGAAGAGCGGGAGUCUGACGAUGGACGUGGACGAACGGGUGUACACCGAGUGUUUGAAGCUCGCGGAGAACGGGGGGGGGGACUACGCGUAG